AUGAAAAAAAUUAAUGAUUUGCUGCUGAAUUUUUACAGUUUAAUGCUGAAGUUUAACAGACAAUUGCUAAAAAUAACAAGAAUAUUGCUGAAAUAAAGAAUAAAGAAGAAGAAGAAUACCAAGCUUAACAUGAACAAAUAACAAAUACGGUUAAUCUUAUUACUAACUAAAAUUCCUAAAACUAAUCUUGUGGUGCUUAAAAUAAUGAUUAGAACAACUAAAUUGCUCUUUCUGAAAAUUAAGCAUCAGAAUCUAAAAUUUAAGCUGACGAGUAACAAAACUAAUGAAAAUAUUAUUAUUUUUAAUUACAUUCAAAAAAGCAAGUUUCAGUUAGAUUAUUGA